AUGCCACAGAGAACAACACUUUAUGUUAUUUACAUGCCAUACACACUCAAGGAGUACAACGUAGGACAGCUUCUCACCACAUGCAGAGUGAGCGAGAGAGAGGCAAAUAAUGGAAUGCGGGUGACUGUGCUGGAGAACAAGGCGGUGGAAAGUGAAGAGACAGCAGGCCCAUGCCAAUACACAUCAAAGGUAAUUGAUUUUUCUAAGAAAGUGCAGUCGUUUCUCAGAAAAAUAGCACCAAGUGGCUCGCUCACAAUGAGCGAGAAGUCGCACAACGCAUUCCCAGUAUGCAAAACAGUGUACACAAGCGGAGCCCUUUCUGAAAAAAAGUUUAAAGCAAGAAUUGACACACUGUUUUUGGAGGGGCAUAAGGCACCCAUUGACCCAUUUUCAGACGGCAUUAUUUCAGAGAACUGCGAGGUGCUGGAUCUGGUCUAUGGCCAGCAGAUGUGCGAAGGCAUAGACUUGGCAACUGUGAAGGGUGAUGAUGGAAACCUUUUGUUUAAAGAAGGGUGGGAGAAAGAACACACGCCAGUGAUGACAAUUUUUAAGCGAGUGCAUAUUGACCUACACAUUCCAUUUAUAGGAUGGAAGUACAUCGAGGAUGUGGACAAGUUCAUGAGAAAAAUGUUUAUACAGGGACAUCAGGAGGUAAUUAAGUAUCACAGCGAAUGGAAGGACAUGGACAUGGAUGGAGUUCGUGAAGAGGAGGCGAAAACAAAAGCAGCGCUUGAAGCAAAGUACCCGCCUAAGGGAAAGUAG